CAGAGUUAUUUACAAUCUCUAUCCGUGUUUGAGUUACAUGUUUAGAACAUGGCUCAGCAUUGGAUCAUUUUGGGGAUUUUAGUGUUUUUUUCAGGUCCAUUUGGUUUUGUCUCAACCCAAAGCACAAAUGUGUGCAAGACCUUUGGCAGUGGGGUCAUGCAGACUUUCAAUACGACCAUGUUCCAUGUGAAAACCACAUGUCCUGUAAUAAUGACACACUUCUCUCAUGCGGGAGUCGACUGUUUUAUCUCCGUGCAGCGUGAUCCAAAUGGCUUGAUGAAGAGAGUUGAGAUUUUGGUGAAUAAAGUUGCUACCAUCGUUCAGAAUGGCAUUCUCACUGUGGAAGGAAACAGCAUCUCUCUGCCCUAUGAUCACACCUAUCAGAAGGUGUAUGCGUUUGGCAUUUAUACCAGGCUUACAAGCAAAGUUCUGCCACUUUCUGUUACAUGGUACAGUUUACCAGAGAGUGUCACUUUACUCUGGGUGCAACUGGACCGGCCUUUAGUGGAAGGGAUGACUGGGAUUUGUGGGGGAAGAAAUAUUUCAGAAACUCAAGCGGAGCUUCUUGAUAGGAACGUCAUUCGCAAUGGGAUAUGUGUGACUGGCGAUUCCCAACCAGUAGAGGAUAAGAUUUGUAGUGACUUUAAAUCCAAUGCCAGAGAGUGCCUGGGCAAGAGGCUUUCUACCUUUGACCACCUCUGCAGGCAAAACAUGUAUAUUAAUGUAAAUGAAUCUGCAAAGUGUUCUUUCUGUGAAGAAUUCCUGCAUUCAUGUAAUUAUUCAUACGCCCAGCUAUCAAACUUGCGAAGCAUCAUUUCCUGUAAGGAACAUCACUGUCCUGGAGAUCUGCAGUAUAAGGAUCAAGGUGCUGCCUUUCCUCCCACCUGCUCCAACCCCCAGCUUCAGACAGAAUUUCGUACUGCCACUUGUCUUCCUCCAAAUGGGUUGGUCCUGAACGAUCGAGUUGAAGGCUACCACUGUGUUAAGGUGGAGGACUGUCCUUGUGUGCACAGAGGGAGAAUCUAUGCCCCAGGAGAGCAGCGCAGCACAAAGUGCCAAACUUGUGAAUGCAUCAAAGGAAAAUGGAUCUGUUCAGCUAAUACCUGUUUAACUCCAUGCAUCAUUGAAGGAUGGUUUGUCACUACCUUUGAUGGCAAACAAUAUUCUCUGCCUGGGACAUGUACCUAUGUGGCUGCAAGGGGACUGAACUGGACUAUCACCAUCAGGUUUUCUGCUAUGACUAUAGAAGAAAUAUACCUUGAUGUGUAUCAGGAACGAUACAUCUUCUCCUUAAAGAGUGUGAAACUAAGGGAAAAUCAAAUCAUAGCCACAGACCUGUCACAAACUGAAUAUGUCACAGUCUACUGGCAGUCUUCCAUGUUUGUUAUGGUCAAGACAUCUUUUGGAAUGAAGAUGCAAGUCCAGGUUUCUCCAGAAGUUCAAAUGUACUUGUAUUUGCCAAAAAAUGUAACAGCCACAGGUCUUUGUGGAUCAAACAACAACAACACAGAAGAUGACUUCACUACGAGCAGUGGUAUUGUGGAAAACUCAGCUCAGCCGUUUGCUCUAUCAUGGACACUUGGGGACUGCACGGCAAAUCACCCCUAUGUAUGCGUCAACACUGACAAUGAGAUAUUUGCUGAAGAUAAGUGCAGCCAGCUGACAAACACAAGUGGUGUGUUUGCCCAGUGCCAUGAAUACGUGCCCGUUAACUCUUAUUUUGAUGCCUGCGUUCGGAGAACCUGCCAAGCUACCUCUGGCUUACAGGAGCGUGUGUGUGUUGGCCUGGGAAACUACGCUAAAGCCUGCGCCAGUCAGGGCAUCAUCAUUGGUGACUGGAGAGCAGAAACAGGCUGCACUCCUUCAUGUGAAAGCAAUCUGAGGUUUGAUUACACCAUGCAGGCUUGUAAUCAUACAUGCCGCUCAUUGUCUGCUCCUGACCCGACCUGUAACAUGUCAGAUGACCCAGUUGAGGGCUGCGGAUGCCUACAUGGCACCCACCUCAACACACCACUCCGGUGCAGCCCUCGUGCCCUCUGCCACUGCAACUACCCAGGUGGAACAACGCAUCCAGGGCCUGUGGUUAUUGAUGGACACCAAUGCAUGUGUGAAAAUGGAAAUCUCCAUUGUUCAGACUUUUGUGACUGCCCACAUGGACAGAUAUGUGUCCAUUGUGCACAAGCACCAGUAAACACUGUGCAAAGGACAUGUGAAAGUCUGAGCAAGCCAUCUAGUUCUGAUGAGAGCUGUAUCAGUGGCUGUUACUGUCCACCAGGCCAGUAUGCAGACCAUAGAGGCAACUGUGUGACUCAGGAGAAUUGUACAUGUGAAUUUAGUGGGAUGGUUUAUGCAACUAUGCAGACCGUUGAGUCGAACUGUAAAACAUGCACUUGCAGAGGAGGCCAUUGGGACUGUAAAGGAGACCCAUGCCCUGGAGUGUGUGAAGUGUUUGGCAAUGGACAAUAUAAGACCUUUGAUUCCAAAUGGUAUCGAUUUGAUGGUCACUGUCAGUACACUCUGGUUGAGGACAUCUAUGGGCUCUUUUCCAUCAAUGCGGAAAGUGUGCCAUGUUGCGAUGAAGCUCUGACCUGCUCUCGCUCCAUCUCUGUGAAACUCAAGGAUGAAGUGACUCUGAUCCUGAGUGAUAUGAAUGUAACUCAGAAGCUCCUGAAUGGGUGGCGCUUCAGAGCUCAGUCACUGUACUCUGUCCACACUGUAGGCUUGUACAUCAUCAUCUCUGUACCUGAACUGGGCCUCAGUGUGAUUUGGGACAAGCAAACUAAAGUCAAAAUUGAGCUUCAGGCCUCUUGGAGUGGUAAAGUGCGUGGACUGUGUGGUGAUUUUGAUGGGAAGUUAAUAAAUGACCUGAUGACGAGCAGCUCCACUGUAGUGUUCAGCACACUGGAGUUUGGGAACAGCUGGAAGACAGCUGUGCCUCCCUGUUCGGAUGUGACCCAGGAACUGUUUCCCUGUGAACGUCACUCAUACUGUGCAGCUUGGGCAGAGAGACGAUGCAUGAUUCUACGCAGUGACACAUUUAAAGCCUGCCAUCUAAAGGUUGAUCCAGCACCUUAUUAUCAGGCCUGUGUUCUGGAGUCAUGCUCUUGUGAUUUUGAGGGCAAGUUCCUGGGAUUCUGCACAGCUGUGGCAGCAUAUGCUGAUGCCUGUACAAACCAAAAUGUUUGUAUCAAAUGGAGGACUCCUGACCUGUGCCCCAUCUAUUGUGACUAUUACAAUGAAGAGGGUCAGUACAGCUGGCAUUAUGAAGCAUGUCCUCAACAGAUCAAGACUUGUGGGAAAAACAACAAAUUUUCUGGAAAGCUUGAAGGUUGUUACCCACAGUGCCCCACUGACAUGCCAUAUUAUGAUGAGAACAGAAGAAUCUGUACCAGUUUGGACAAGUGCACUUGUUACUUCAACAACACUGUGGUAGAACCUGGUGCUAAAGUGACUACACCCACUGAAUGCUGUGAGUGCAUUGGGGGACAACUGAUUUGCCAACUGUGUAUAACAUCACCUACAACAACAGUGACAUCAAAAGCCACAUCAGUACCAAAUACAACUGUACCUAAAACUACUACUACAACAAACACACCUAUUAUAACUUUCAAAAUAAUAACUGGGACAACAUCCACCUCCAUCACUAAAGGUCAAGAGUCUAACUACACUAUUAUACCAGAAAUCACCAUUACUAAAACAACCAAAGAAUCUACAACUACAACCCCAAUAACAACAAUUACAACAGAGACAACUAUAAUCACAACAACAUCAACCCCAGAAAUCACAACUGAAAAUGAUAUAACAACAACUAUAACAACAGAGAGACCUAUAACCACAUCAACACAAAAAAUCACAUCUGUAUCUGAAACUACAACUCCAUCAACUCCAAUGUCAACAAAGACACGUGUAAUGACCACAACAACAACCCCAGAAGUUACACCUGAAGAAUCUGUAUCUACAACUUCACUUAUUAGAACUUCAGCUACAACAGAAGCACCAUCAACCACAUCAACUACAGAAAUCACAACUGAAGAGCAUAAAACUACACCAACAGAAAUACCUGUAACCACAACAGUGGCACCUGAAACAACUUCUGAUACCACACCAGAAGAAUCUACUCCACUUACUACAACUUCAACUGUAACAGAGACAACAGUAACCACCACAACAUCAACCCCAGAAAUAACAACUGAAGAAGAGAAAACUACCACUACAACCCCAAUAACAACAAUUACAACAGAGACACCCAUAACUACAACGACAGGGACAACUGUAACCACCAGAACCACAAGCAUCAUAUCUGAGGAAUCUCCAUCUACAACUUUACUUACUACAACUACAACAGAGACACCAAUAACAACAUCGACUACAGAAAUCACAACUAACGAACCUAAAACAACAGCUCCAUUAACUAUAACUACUUUUAGAACUCCACUUACUACAACUUCAGCUGUAACAGAGACAACAGUAACCACUACAACAUCAACCCCAGAAAUCACAACUGAAGAACAUAAAACUACCACUACAACCCCAAUAACAACAAUUACAACAGAGACACCCAUAACUACAACGACAGGGACAACUAUUCCCACCAGAACCACAAGCAUCAUAUCUGAGGAAUCUCCAUCUACAACUCUGCUUACUACAACUACAACAGAGACACCAAUAACAUCAACUACAGAAAUCACAACUAACGAACUUAAAACGACAAGUUCUGAUAUUACACCAGAAGAAUCUACUUUUACAACUCCAGUUACUACAACUUCAGCUGUAACAGAGACAACAGUAACCACCACAACAUCAACCCCAGAAAUCACAACUGAAGAACAUAAAACUACCACUACAACCCCAAUAACAACAAUUACAACAGAGACACCUGUAACUACAAUGACAGGGACAACUGUUCCCACCAGAACCACAAGCAUCAUAUCUGAGGAAUCUCCAUCUACAACUUUACUUACUACAACUACAACAGAGACACCAAUAACAACAUCAACUACAGAAAUCACAACUAACGAACCUAAAACAACAGCUCCAUUAACUAUAACUACUUUUAGAACUCCACUUACUACAACUUCAGCUGUAACAGAGACAACAGUAACCACCACAACAUCAUCCCCAGAAAUCACAACUGAAGAACAUAAAACUACUACUACAACCCCAAUAACAACAAUUACAACAGAGACACCCAUAACUACAAUGACAGGGACAACUGUUACCACCAGAACCACAAGCACAAGCAUCAUAACUGAGGAAUCUCCAUCUACAACUCUACUUACUACAACUACAACAGAGACACCAGUAACAACAUCAACUACAGAAAUCACAACUAACGAACCUAAAACAACAAGUUCUGAUAUUACACCAGAAGAAUCUACUUUUACAACUCCACUUACUACAACUUCAGCUGUAACAGAGACAACAGUAACCACCACAACAUCAAUCCCAGAAAUCACAACUGAAGAAGAGAAAACUACCGCUACAACCCCAAUAACAACAAUUACAACAGAGACACCCAUAACAACAAUGACAGGGACAACUGUAACCACCAGAACCACAAGCAUCAUAUCUGAGGAAUCUCCAUCUACAACUCUGCUUACUACAACUACAACAGAGACACCAAUAACAACAUCGACUACAGAAAUCACAACUAACGAACCUAAAACAACAGCUCCAUUAACUAUAACUACUUUUAGAACUCCACUUACUACAACUUCAGCUGUAACAGAGACAACAGUAACCACCAUAACAUCAACCCCAGAAAUCACAACUGAAGAACAUAAAACUAUCACUACAACCCCAAUAACAACAAUUACAACAGAGACACCUGUAACUACAACAACCCCAGCAAUAACAGUAAUAACUGCUACAUCAUUAAUUACAACAGAGACAUCUGUAACCACAUCAGAACCUUCUUUAACUACAACAGAGUCACCCAUAACCACUUCAACAUCAAAAAUCACAACUGUAUCUGAACCUACUACCCCAAUAACUGCAACUACAACAGAGUCACCCAUAACCACUUCAACAUCAAAAAUCACAACUGUAUCUGAACCUACUACCCCAAUAACUGCAACUACAACAGAGUCACCCAUAACCACUUCAACAUCAAAAAUCACAACUGUAUCUGAACCUACUACCCCAAUAACUGCAACUACAACAGAGUCACCCAUAACCACUUCAACAUCAAAAAUCACAACUGUAUCUGAACCUACUACCCCAAUAACUGCAACUACAACAGAGUCACCCAUAACCACUUCAACAUCAAAAAUCACAACUGUAUCUGAACCUACUACCCCAAUAACUGCAACUACAACAGAGUCACCCAUAACCACAACCACAACAUCAACCCCAGAAAUCACAACUGAAGGAACUGCAACCCCAGUUACAGCAUUUACAACAGAAAACACAAUUCCACAUAACACUGCUUGCAAGGAUCUGAUUAGAAACCAAACCUGGCCAGAGGGUUAUGAAUGGACGGAGGACUGCUUCACUAAAAUUUGCAAAAACAAUGUUAUUGAGUUGAGACCUUUGACAUGUCCAACUCCGGUCAUACCUGUGUGCCCCAGAGGAAUACCACAGCUGGUGAAAGAUAAGCAAGGCUGUUGUGACACUUGGCAGUGUGACUGUCAAUGUGAUGUAUUUGGAGACCCACACUACACUACCUUUGCUGGACAAGACUUUGUGUUCUUGGAAAACUGUACAUAUGUUCUGGUGGAGGAAAGGACUCCUCAAUACCAUCUCAGCAUCAGCGUUGAUAAUUAUUACUGUGAGACUUCUGCUUCCUGUGCCAAGGGCAUCAUUGUGCAUUACCAAAACAACACAGCCAUACUUCAAGUGCUUGAAGUUCCUGAUGAAAUGCCAUUAAUACAAACUACUCUGAAUGAAGUAACAAUAAAGCCCCCGUAUCAAGCAUAUGGAUUUAGGUUUGAGAGCACGGAUGCAGAAAUCUACAUUUACAUUGAAGACAUCCGCUCAUAUAUCUUUCUCAGUGUAUGGAACACACUGCAGAUCAACCUGGCAAUGGAGUACUUCUUUAAUAACACACAGGGGCAGUGUGGUGUUUGUGGAGGGGCCUCAUGUAUACGCAGGAAUGGUUCAGUAGAGAGUAACAACUGCUGUGAUAAGACUGCAUAUGAAUGGAUAGAGAAUGAUCCACUGAAACCAUAUUGUCAACAAGCCCGCCAGCAUGUCCCCUGUUCCUCUAUGAAACUCCUAACAACAACUAUUUCUCCUAGCAUAUUAACACCAUUCUGCACAGCUCCUCUCUGUGACCUCCUCAGGCAUCAAGUGUUCAAUGCAUGCAUUGGGGACAUUGAUGUGGAGAGGCUAGUGAGUAACUGCAAGUUUGAUUACUGUGUGGCCCGAAACAACGCCAGUGUGUGCUCCCCACUAGAGCGUCUAGCUGGUCACUGCAAGAAGAUGGGUAUUUGUGUGGCCUGGAGAAAUCUCACCAGUGGAAUUUGUGACAUUGCUUGCCCUGAAGGAAUGAUUUUAGAUGAGUGCCGGAGCACCCCAAAUGAUUUCUGCCAUGGCAGUGAGCGUGUUCCGGGAAGAGUUUUGGAUGCAGUGAUAUCUGGUUGUUUUUGCCCUGAAAACCAGCUACUUGCUGAGACACACAAGAAGAUCUGUGUAUCUGAAUGCACCAAUUGUAAAGGCCCACUGGGAGAACCCAUGCCGGUUGGGGCAAUAUGGGAAUCAAAUUGCCACAUGUGUACAUGUGAUAAUCAGACUCGGACAGAAGAAUGCUGGCCAAAACCUCCACUUCCAACUCCCAUAUGCAGUCCUGGCUUUGCUCUCACCUCUGACUGCUGCAACAACCAGAUAUGCGUUGAGAAGACCUGCAAAUACAGUGGAACAAUAUAUAAGGUGGGUGAAAUGUGGAGGGACCCCAAGAGCCCCUGUCUAACAUAUCACUGUACAAGUGAAGGCACUGAAAUAGAGCGGACUGUGUGUCCACAACAGAUUUGUCCUGAGGAACUUCGUGUUUGGGAUGAACAUCAUUGCUGCUAUUCAUGCAACACAACAUGUGGAGUCAGCUUGUCCAGAAUGACUUUUGAGAACUGCACACAGGAGGUGAUGCUGCCCACCUGUGAAGGCAACUGUGCAUCAGACUCCCUGUGGGUGAGGUCUGGAAAAGAUCUACAGUUGGAGCAUAAACAGUUCUGCUGCCGAGAGAAAGACUACGAGAUAAGACCAAUUUCUCUGUUGUGCAGUGGAACUACAGCUACGCAAUAUACCUACAAACACAUAACCAGCUGUGAGUGUCAGCGUGAAGUCUGAAACCUCAAAAGAUCUGCAAUGUAAUGCUCAGAGAACCAGGUCUGAGGUUUAAUAUCUACACUUCAUACAUGUCUUAAUUUUUUUUUUUUUUUACAUGAUUUGUUAUCUUUAUAGAUGAUUACUGAUUGUGCUGGAAGUUUUGAUUAUGUUUUAUAUUUUAUACAUGUUUUGUAAUGUCUAGUGUUUUCUGCUGUCAGUGCCAAAAUAUAUUUUCUGUGAAUUUUCUGCCAUUUGUUUUCUUUACAUUUUCCAGGUCAGGUGAUUAAAUACUAAAACGUACAAACUCAGGUUUAAAUGAUAAUCCAAUACAGCUAAAUUUGACGUUGCUGUUUUUAAUGUUUGCUGUUUUUAAAGCACUUUAAAAGAAUGAUUGAAAAAGAUCAUGUAAUGCCUUUCAAUGAUGGAUGCAUAUGUAAUCAGUAAAUAAAGAUAUGCAAUGUUGUGUCUAA